AUGUUCUCCAAAGAUUAAAUCUAAUUGAUUUCUUCAAGGCUGCGGAUUGUGGGGAAAUGUUCAGCCCGGAUAAACGCAAGAAAACCCUUGAUUACACUAAGGUGGCGUUGGAUUCUUCUGGUAAAAUGACUUCCCAACUUUUUGAUCUAAACAUGUAUGACGGGGAAACCUUGAGCAUGAGGAAACGCAAGAAUAUAGUGCAACGUUUAUCGUCUUUUUUGAUAGCUGCCAUUGUGCUUUAUUGGAUUAUCUCCGAUACAUGCAGCCAGUUAUCAGUUUUCCAGCUUCAGCUAGGACGUGGUUGGUCCUCUUUGCUCCAGCUGCUCGGUUUCACUGUGUUUGUUUGUGCUGUUACUGCAAUGAUUGCGGUUGGUGCACCAUUCUCUCGCUUGCAGAGGACCAUGCUUAUGUUUUGGGCGAUUCUGAUGCUCAUCAGAUCUGCUAUGUCACGCACUGCACUCUACGUUUCAAUAUUGGGAAUCCUUUUGACGGGGUGGCAUGGGCUCGUGGAAAAA